AUGGCAGGGGCGGGACUAUCGAAGCGCGGUGCGGCUAAUGUCGACAAGAUUAUGCCGGGGAUAAGUGCUGCUUUGCUCGAAAGAACGAAGCCCACUGCUCCCCGCAUUGAUCUCUCCACUGCCGAGAACUGGCUGCUGCGAGAGGAGAUCAUCGAAUUGACCAAAGAUGGCAUACGAGAUGGACUGAAGCCUCAUCAUCUCUUGUAUCCCAACGAAUUUGCGGGUGACGCCGACCUUAUCAAAGCUCUAGCAGCUUUCUUCAAUAAAUACUUCCAUCCUCAUAUCCCCGUUGAGCCUGACCAUGUUGCAACUGCGCCGGGCGCAGCGACUUGUUUGAAUACUUUUCUCUACAACACCUGCGAGCCUGGAGAAGGAGUCCUCGUACCCGCCCCCUUUUGGAAUGGAUUCGACUGGCUUUUCACUGCUCGGUCGUCUGCAGUGCCGGUAAUGGUUCAUGUUGAGAAGAGUGAAGAUACGCUCACUGCUCAACUGAUCCCGGCCCUUGAAAAGGCGUACAGCGAGUCCAAAAUCCCGAUUAGGGGCCUUUUGCUCACUAACCCGCAUAACCCCUUUGGCCAGUGUUUUCCAAAGUCUGUACUGGAGGACUGCAUCAAAUUCUGUCAUGGCAAAGGGAUUCAUUACAUUUCAGACGAGGUCUAUGCGCUCUCGUCAUUUGAGAAUCCUGAGAUCCCAGACGCUGCGCCUUUUGUGUCUGCACUGCAAAUCGAUGUAGCCAGGCUCGGCUGCGAUCUUUCGCGAGUUCACACCUUCUGGAGCACCAGUAAGGACUUUGGUUCAAAUGGAUUCCGGGUGGCGAAUAAGGAGAUGCAUGUUGCCCUCGCUCUAGCUUCCAACACGGAGACAAGCAGCCUUGCUGCAGUCGCUACAACAGCACUUCUCACAUCACCGAAGCUGCCAGAUCUUCUACAGUUGAACUCCCAGCGCCUGAAGGAAGCAUAUACUAUCAUCACAGACUUCUUUAAGAGAAAGGGUAUUCGCUACAUUCCUGUGAAUUCAGCGCCUUAUGUGUUUGCACGACUGGUUCCGAACGCACAAUCCUGGGAGGAAGAAAGCUUUAUGAUCGGUAAGUUAAAGCUAGCUGGUGUCGUCGUCAGCAGUGGUAAGGCGUACCAUGUCAAUGAGGAAGAGAAAGGAUGGUGCAGGAUGACAUUUGCGCUGGAGAGAUCCAGGUUGGAGGAAGCCAUUAAGCGCAUGGAGACUGUCAUCGGCCAACAGGAACGAUACCCUUUGCCCACGAUGGGAGCCCUUAGCAAUAAAGAUCUGCACCCGGCAAACGGCUCAAUCAUUCCACAUCUGCUACUCCUAGCAGCGCAGUUAUUGAUUCUCGCCGGCCCUCGUCAGCUCCCCGGACGCCGAAUAGUAGCUGCGACGGUAAUUCUCACGCUGGCAGUGGCAGCCCAAUGCAAUCGAUUUACCAACAACCCAGGACUUGCCAACCUCUUCGCGCUGGCUUGGCCUCACUGGCUCUCGGCUUUGGAAAAGACCGUUUUUGCAUCUCCAGGAGGACCCGAAAUUGAUCUAUGGAGAAUAGACCGGGCCACUAGAGAAGCUAUUGCAUGGCCAGCUCUGGGUUGGAGGAAGGUAAAAUGGGCAGUGACCAUUGUGCUGAAUCUCAGGGGUAUCAGAUGGAGCUACCAGGUCAAGAAUGUUCCUCCGGUUGCAGGUUUGGACCGUAUGAGCCGUGGACGAUUCCUGAUAUGGCGUCUUACUGAGUUCGCCUUGGUUAUAUUGAUGGCGGACCUGGUUUCACAGAUGGGUCGCCGUCUCUUCUUCAGUGAACCUUCUGGAGUUGUGGGAACCCUGGACUCCAAGUAUAUCACUGUCAGCGACCAUCGGCUGGGAUGGAGCUUCCUGAAGGCCUUGACUUUUGGGCUGGGACCAUACUACUUUAUCAACAUGCAAUAUCUUGUUGUCUCCAUUGUGGCCGUAGCGUUGGGUAUCAGUCGACCAUCAGAUUGGCCACCGCUGUUUGGUAAAUUGAAAGAAGCCACCACUGUGAGAAACUUCUGGGCGUCCCCUUCAUGGCUGAACAGACAGCUGACAAGCCAAAAGUCUCUUAGCACUAUCACCGGCGCCUUUGUCGAUGUUGUAGGCAUCCGCCGGGGCACAAACGCAUCGUCCUACACCCAGCUUUGGCUGGCCUUCACCAUCUCAGGUGUGAUGCAUGCUCUAUCACAGUUGUUGAUGCCUCGACCGGCAAACAUCACACCCGGUGAGAUCGUUAUUGGCAUUUUCCUCUUCUUCCCCUGUCAGGCGGCGAUGAUCACGGCUGAGGACUUCGUUAUCUGGCUGUGGAAGAAGCGUCUCGGCCUGCAGACGCCACGAUGGGCGCCGGCCGUGGGCUAUGUCUGGGUUGUCUGCGCUCUCUGGUUCUCGCUCCCCUUUGCGGGCGAUGCCAUGGUCCGUCUGAAGAUGGGAGAAGUGUCUCCGCUGCCCUUUACACUGGCGGCUCCUCUAGUCCGCAUGAUCCCGGUUCCAUGA